AUAAUGAAUAUGUUUUCAUAGACUUGGAGCAGAAGCUUAGCAAAUACUUUUCAAAGGAAUGGAAGAAAGAGAGCACCAAAGGAACAGAGAAAUUCAGCCCUCCUUUUGUUGCGUUCUUUAGAGUACAAUACUACGUAGAAAAUGGAAGAGUAAUAACUGAUAAGGUGGCACGGCAGCUCUACUACUGCCACCUCAAAGAGCAAGUACUUAUGUCUCGCUGCAACCACAAAGAAGAAAUCUACUUCUUGCUGGCUGCCUACAGCUUACAGGCAGACAUGGGAAACUACAGGGAGAAGGUCCAUGCUGGCAAAUAUUUUGAACCUCAGGCUUAUUUCCCGCAAUGGAUAAUUGCAAAGAGAGGGAGCGACUACAUCUUGAAACAUGCCCCAGAGAUGCACCGAGAACAGCAAGGGCUGAGUGCUAAGGAAGCGGUGCUGAAGUUCAUUAAGGAGUCGUGCUUGCUGGAAGAUGUGCCCGUCCACUUCUACAGGCUGCAGAAGGAUAAGAAGGAGGAUCGCCCGACAGUUAUCCUGGGCCUGACCCUGAGAGGAAUUCACAUCUAUCAGGAGGUGAAUCACGUUCGCCAGCUCCUCUACGACUUCCCUUGGUCACACAUCGGGAAGCUGGCGUUUCUGGGGAAAAAAUUUGAGAUUCAGCCAGACGGCUUGCCCUCUGCACGGAAACUGGUUUACUACACCGGUUGCCCCUUCAGGUCACGGCACUUGCUGCAGCUCCUCAGCAACAGCCACCAGCUCUUUCUGAAUAUCCAGCCAGUGUUGAAGCAAAUCCAAAAACUGGAGGAUGCUGAAGAGAAGAAGCGCUAUCGGGAGUCGUACAUCAGUGACACACUAGACAUGGACCUGGACCCCUGCGAUAAGAACUCGCGCGGCAGCAGGAGCAGUGGGGGCAGCCAGAGGGAUAACCGUCUCUCGCGCCAGUCCACGGGGAGUCACGGCAGCUCGCACACCUCGGGCAUUGAGGCUGACUCCAGGCACCGAGUGUCGGUGGAAAUGUCGGUGGAUGAGCCCUUCGGCAUUGACCAGGUGCACAGGAAAGAGAAAUCCUGCAGCUCAACGAUCAGCUACGGUAGCUCUGGCAUUGACAGUGGCAGCAAAGGGCGGGCUGAAGAUGACUCUCAGGACGAUGAGCUUGAGCUGGCAGUAGAUGAGCCAGAGGAGGUGCCUGUAGAUGAGCCUGUAGAGGGAGACCAGUUAGAGGAGGCCACUGUGGGAGAAUCUGUUGAAUCUCUUCCUCUAGAUGCUGAUAGCUGCCAAGCUAUAAAUCAUGAAUCGCCGUCUGUGGUGCAAGUCACGCUAAUAAAAAUGAGAGGUCAAAGCAUUGAAUCCCUUCACCAGGUCAGAUCACCCAAAAGCAGGAUCUGCACGGACCAGCACAGCCAGAGUUUGGAUGACAUCCGCCUUUACAAGCACCAGCACCCACCACUAAGUUCCACGCUGUCUUCGGACACAUCCCACAGCUACACGUUUGGCUGCAGCCUGGAGGAUAAGCUGUCUAUGUACGGCUGUGUUUAUUCCACAGCGGACUGCAAAACCAAGUCUGCCCUUUAUGGGAAGCGAUCCAUGAACUGCCUCUCCUUGGAUCUUCUGGGAGAGGACCAGCUCCCAGAGGAGUUUGUGGUGUAA